UGAGCAAUCAAGAUAAGUGGUGGGUGCCAAGUACUUGCUCCCAACUUGCCAAGUGUAAACAGUCAUGUUAUCUGUCAAACAGUGUCAAAAUAUAAGUUAAUCAAAAUUUCCAGUAAAAACCUAAAAAUGAAUUUCCUAAGCAAAUUGUAUUCCAUUUGUUUCAACAAAGCUCUUCUCCAAAGACAAAAUCAUAAAAUGCUAACAAAGUCGUAUUCUACAGGAUCUGGGUUACUGAAAGUCACUAUAGUGGGAGCUGCAGGAAAAGUUGGCCAGCCGCUAGCCCUUGCGCUAAAACAAUCCCCCCUUAUUGAUGAACUUUGUCUUCACGACUUAAAACCUACUACAGCUUUGGGGUUGGAACUGAAUCACAUCGACACAAGAUCUAAGGUAACAGUCUACAGUGGGAAGGAUAACUUGAAGCUUGCUUUAAAAAACACCAAAGUUCUAGCUGUAGUAGCCUCAGCUCCAGGCGCUGAUACCCUUAGCUUCGAAAAAAUGUGGAUGCCCAAUUCAGAAGUGAUUAAGGAAAUCAUGACUGAAGUUCGCCAAUAUUGCCCAAAGGCUCUAAUAGCGAUAGCUACCAACCCAAUAAAUAGUAUCAUGCCUCUAGCCAGUGAAAUGCUUAAAAAAGGUGGCAUUUUCAAUCCGAAUGGUGUGUUUGGAGUCACUUCUGUAGAUGCCGUCAGAGCAAACACUUUUGUGGCUAAUGUCCAAGGAUUGGAACCCGAAUGCGUCGAAGUACCAGUGGUCGGUGGUCACUCUACCGAAACUAUUGUGCCAUUGUUAUCACAGGCGAAACCGUGUGCAGAUUUUACUAAUUCUGAAAUCGAAGAUAUUACAGCACGAAUUCGAAUGGCACACGAAGACCUCAUAAAACUAAAGCCUAGUGAAAGUGGAGCUUUAUCCAGUGCCUUUGCCACAGCUCGUUUUAUUGUGUCCCUGAUUAAAGCAUUACAAGGUCAGCCAAAUGUUAUUGAGUAUGCAUACGUGAAAUCCAGCGUGCAUCCGUAUUUGAAGUACUUGUCAACGCCCCUAUUGCUGGGAAUGUAUGGCGUACAGAAAAAUUUAGGUUUCUCUAAGAUGACCGAUUACGAACAGUGCAUGUUCGAUAAUGCCGUUACGCUUAUAGCGAAAGACAUCAAAAGAGGUGAACAUAGUGCUGGUGUCCACGAGCCUGGUCCACCCUGCGAUCCCUGUACUCCUAUUCGUCGAGGUCAAUGCCCUUAUGACUGGUGUAAUAUAAAAAAUUAAUUAUUUGAAAUUUGUAACAAAAUUUUUAUUUCUGAAAUGUAAUUUUAUUCGAUAAUAUCAAUAACUAGGUACUAUAAAAUAUAAUUAACAAACUCAAUAAUUUGUUGUCUAGUGUUUCACUUUUG